CACUCUGUUAGUGACACGAUAAAGGUAUCUUGCAUCUCAAGUCGGAAUAGAGAAUAAACACAAGAUAUGCACAGAUGAACAAACUUACAACUCAAGUUGGCACUUGGCAAUAUUGGCAGGGCAAGAUUGACAGAUUCUGAAUGCAUUCGCUCAAACCCCUGGAAAAAUUUCGAAGAGCCUCUGUAGGAAUUUGAUGAGCUUAUCUGAAUCCUAAUAUAUUGCUGGGCGUGUUUUUCUGUACGAGUUUUUUUGGCCGAGUGUUCGAAUAAUCUGCGGUAGUUUUACACGGAGUACAAGUGAAACAGUAGUGCCAGUAUCUGGAAAGACGGUUAAAAUUCAACCAGACAAGUGUAUUUUCAAGCUUAGGAAUUUCACCAGAGACCCAGGUGUGGCAGCCUAAAGAUGUCACACCAUAGCGACGACAAUAUGCUGAUUGCGACGAGCGACUCGUUUUGGGAGCCAGGAAAUUACAAGAAGACUACAAAGAGAAUCGAAGAUGGAAACAAGCUGUGUUCGGACUUGAUAACAUUGGCCAGCGAGAGAGCUGAGAUCGAGAAGACGUAUGCAAAGGCUCUAAAAGCAUGGUCAAAGAAAUGGAACGACAUAAUAGAAAAAGGACCAGAGUACGGCACGACUGAAGCAGCUUGGAAGGGCGUUUUAGUAGAAGCGGAUAGAAGGUGUGAUUUGCAUUCUAAAGUACGAGAUUGUCUUGCAAACGAUGUAAUUCAGAAAAUUAAACAAUGGCAAAAGGACACAUAUCAUAAGUCGAUGAUGCAAAUAAAGGAAAAGAAGGACAUGGAGGACGCAUUCAAGAAGGCACAGAAACCAUGGGCAAAACUUCUUCAGAAAGUCGACAAAGCGAGAACUGAUUAUCAUACCGCAUGUAAAACAGAAAAAUCCGCUGCUAAUCAAGAGAGAAACGCUGCCGGAGAUAGUUCAUUUUCAGUUGAUCAGAAGUCACAACUGGUGAAGAAAAUGCAGGACAGAGUACAAAAAUCUAAAGAAGAAGUCUUGAAGUGCAAAGAAAAGUACGAAGUGGCUUUGCAAGAGAUCAACCAAUACAACCCCAAGUACAUGGAGGAUAUGACAGUCGUGUUUGAUAAGUGCCAAGAAAUGGAAGCCCAGCGGCUUAGAUUUAUAAAGGAAACGCUUUUUGAUAUGCAUAAAUACCUCAAUAUUUCACAGGACCCCAUGCUCAAUCAAAUUUAUGAAGAACUUUAUCACACGGUCAACAACGCGGACUUUGAAAAAGAUUUGAAGUGGUGGUCGAAUAAUCAUGGAGUAAAUAUGGCUAUGAAUUGGCCACAAUUCGAGGACUAUACGGAAGAGUUCCGAGACAUCCAUAAAGGCAAAUCUAAAGACUCGGGCACGACCGGAAUCACUCUCAUCAAUCAGAGACCUGUCGGCGAAGACUUGCAUAUCGAUGGAUCGUCUGUUUCGCAGGAUUAUUCCACAAACACCAACAAAUCAACAAAAACUAAAGCAGCAGCAGCAGCCAGACCGACUAGUACAGUCGUCGCAACGCCAGUUACCCAAGUUCAGGAAGCGAAAUCACCUUCGAAAUCCGUUGAAAGCCCACCUAGCAGAGGCGCUACAAUAACGAAUGGUUCCGCGUCUAAAGCAAAUGAUUCGAAUCCAUUCGAAGAAGAAGACUGGGAGAGUGACGCUUUGGUAGAUAAUGGAGAACCGGGUGUUCCUGUUAAAGCAUUGUACGAUUAUGAAGGAGCAGAAAACGAUGAACUUACUUUUAAAACAGGAGACGUGUUUGAAAAGUUGGAGGACGAAGACGAACAAGGGUGGUGUAAAGGUCGAAAAGAUGGUCGAGUGGGUUUAUACCCGGCAAACUACGUAGAUUUGGUGUCCCCUUAAGAAGUAUUCGUUAAACAUGAAGUUUUGUUUUGUUACACUUUUUAUAUGGUACAUAAUUUAUACUAUUAUAAUGAUUUGGUUGUGUGAACGUGAUUAGCAUUUUGUUAACGCAGUUAUUUCAUUUUAAAAACUCUUUCAAAACGUUGAAAUGCAAUUUGAUUAAUUUACGUAUGUAGGAAAAUGUAAUUUACUGUUAUCGCAUUUUUAUUAGAUUUACUAUAGUUAACGGUUAUUUUGGAGAUUUAUUGUUUUUUUUUCUUAAAAUCAGUUAACGUUGUAUUAUAAUAAUGAAGUAUUGAUAAUAAUUAUUUAUCUAGGCAAUAUGAUACACAAUAAUGGUUUGCACAUUGUGCAUUUUUACUAAUAGGUAACGGCGACCCAUGAGGAGGACAACCGAAAAAUGUGACCUACUGUUUUGUUGAGUUUUACGAAAAAUUUAUUAUUUACAUGGUUGAAAGCCUUCGUUUUGUGUAUGAAGUUAAUCAUGUACAGGGGUACAAUGUUUAAAGUCUGGUCUUUCAAAAAAACCUACCAGUUGACUAUAAUUUGAUCAAAUCUAAUAUAAAUUGUAACUUAAUUAUUUUUUAACUAGUGUAAAACAAUUCUGUACAAAUGUACAGAUAACAGUUAAUCAAUAAUACUAUUAGGAUUUACAGAUAGUAUAUAAAGUACCAUCAAGCAUAACAUAAGCAAAUAAAUUAUGUUCUAUAUAUUAAAUAUCAUUUUGCCCCAUUGAAAUUUUAAUAGUCAACUAACAAAACCGGGGUUUUAAGCCAGAUUACUUUGCUGUAAUACAUGACUGUACUGUUUAACUAUCGAUAUGCUCAAGUAAAACUAUUCCCAUUAAGGAAAGCUAUGUUGUAUUUUUUGACCCGAUUACAGUGCCAAACAGAAAGUUUUCGUUGCCGAUUAUUUAUUAUUCAACUUGUAAUUUAUUAGCGUGUAUUGAAUAUCGCGUCAGUUAAAACUUAAACGAUAGAUUUAACGUAAAUGGACACAUAAAAUUUAGCACUGUAGAGGGUACUGAUAUUAUCAUUGAUAAAUUUAUCAACUAACAUUUAAAGUACGUACUAUUACACUAGAAAGGAGUUGUAAAUAAGAAUACAGACAAGAGUAAUAUAAAUUAUAUUUUAAGA